AUGCCGACGAUUUGGGGCCGAUGCGUUAUUAGGCGCGAUUUCGAAGAGAACGGCAGGGGCGCGAUCACGCGAUGCGGCUUCCGAUGGACGUAUCGAUGCGCCGGAUGCGAACGGGGCGCUCAUUAUGCUCGCAUCGACGGCGUCCGAUGGAGCCGUCACGACUGUCGAGUGAUGCGCGAUCGAACAAGCGCGCUCGAUAUCGACGAAUAUCGGACUCUGAAAACAUUUCACGAACGGACUGACCCCGCCGCGGCACUCGUCCGAGCGCUGUGGGAAACGGAAUUUCAUCAAUGGACUGUGCACACAGAGCGCUCACUCCUUUUGUUUAUAAAACUGUCCACUUCUAAUGCCCGACGAGUUUUCAAUUUGAGCCGCGGCGUGCCGGGCAAACAAUCACGCGGCGUCUGCGCUCCGUUCAACUUGUGCGUGACGGACGGGGAAAGGAGAAAACAAACCGAUCUCAACACUGAUUCAUACGCAUGCCGUCUAGUCGUACAUUGGUAUAGAAACGUCGAUUGGGCCGGGCGGCAUCGCAGAUUGGGUAACGGCCGUCUACUCGUCUGGCUAGAGCCAAUUAACGCGACGCCGUCGCGACAAGAAAACCCUGGGAACCGAGGGACGGGAAUGCGCAAUGAAUUGACCAAUAAUGCACGGCCAGAAAACCCGGCGGGUCCGGUCGAAUACCGGAUAUCUGGCAACACUAUCCACGAAUCGGCCGUCGCUUCAUUUCACACGCUCCGCCGCAGCGCCUAUAUGGAGGUG